AUGUCUACUUUUCAUAUUCUCAAUCCCCAGAAUAAAAACUUAAAAGAGGAACCUGACAAAAGCAAUUCUGCUACAGCGCCUAUUGAUUAUGUUUCACCGGUUCCACUUCUAAACAAAGACAAAAACAAAACUGAAAACUUCCUGUUCAAAGAAGAUGAUCCGGCUAAACAAAAUUCUGAUGGUGUAACUGCUGAAGAGGUUGAAGCAAACCUUGACACGAUCAGGAAAAGUUUCCAUUCGCCUCCACUUCACUCUUGCUUGCUCACAUUUGACAAUGAAGAAAUAGAAAAAGACCUAAAAAUAUAUAAUGUUUUCGAAGCGCCAGAGAAAUUGCAUGCCAGAGCAGAAGUUGUGAUGUCUUUUAUUAUAUUCUUUAUUAUUUCAAUUGCUUCUUUUGUCAUGUUUCAGCGACCUGCCGCCUGGCUUGCACUUUUCCCUAUUUUCCUUAUUAUUGAAAUUGCUUUCAUUUUCAAAAUAAUAUUUCAUAAUAAGUUUGAAUUUUUAAAGAGUUUACCUGACAGUUGGAUUAUUCGAAGUAUUGAAGCUACCUUUUUAGCAUUCAUCCCAAUUCUUGCUGUAUUCUCAAACUUCUACUGUCCCGGCUUCAUAGGUCAUUUGUGGCAGGAGAAAUGUUUCUGUAUUACAUUUAUGGUUGCACUUUUCAAUUUCACCACUUUUUCAACAGUAAAUUCAAUGAUGAGAUCAGUCAUGGCUAUACUCUCAUUUUUUAUCUUCCUUUUAAUUCAUACCCUGACUGCCUGCACGCAAAACAGUGAUAUGGAAUAUGACCUGUUGUAUGAUAACACAUCAGAUAUUGUCACACAAAUGCCACUCCCUAAUUUAAUCUUUAGCAGGUCAGACCAUUUCAUUUUCCUCAUUGACUUGGAUUUAAUACUCCAUCUGCUACUUAUAUUAUUUUUGAAUAGAGAAUUUGAAGUAAGCUACCGAAUUUGCUAUCAUUGUGACGCUGAGGCCAUGUCUUGUCAGAAACAUAUAAAAGACAACAAAGACCAGUUGGAAUGGCUAUUACACAAUAUCAUCCCAGAACACAUAUCUUCAAAACUGAUAAAUGGCCGCUAUUCUAAAAACCACCAGUAUAUUGGUGUUAUUUUUGCUGGUCUUGUAAACUUUAAUGAAUUAUAUGAAGAAUCUUACCAGGGUGGGCGGGAAAUGUUAAGAGUUUUAAAUGAAUUAGUUGGUGAUUAUGAGGAUCUUCUUGAUGAUGUUCGAUUCAAAGAUGUAGAAAAAAUCAAAACUAUCACUAGCACAUUUAUGGCAGCUUCUGGUUUAGAUGAAAAGAAGUGCCAACAAAAUAAGCAUAAAUAUGCACACCUGUUCAACCUAAUGCUAUUUGCCAUGGAGAUGCAGAAAGUAAUUGAAAAUUUCAAUAAAAGUAUGAUAAACUUUGAAUUUAUUCUCAACAUUGGGUACAACUUUGGCGAAGUUACGGCCGGGGUUAUUGGAACGACUAAACUGCUGUUUGAUAUUUGGGGGGAUACUGUUAAUGUAUCUAGCCGAAUGUACUCCAAUGGAGCCGCAAGAAGAAUUCAAGUUCCUUCAUCGAACAUUGAAAUCUUAUCAGAAAUGUUUGACUUUGAAUACCGAGGUACAAUAUUAAUUAAAGGGAAAGGGGAGAUGGGAACUUAUCUUCUGGUAAAACAAAAGAUGGGGCUCACUGGGAUUAAAUAUACAACAAACUUUUACUUUUAAUCACAAAGACUGAAAUAUGGAAAUCCUUGCAAAAGACUGGAGAAAGUAAACCUAUUUAAAAAAUUUUUUUUUUUAGAGAAAUUAAAA